AAGCAUCAGAAUCAAAAACUUUUGGGGGAGAGAGCAAGGCAGAGGUUGGCAUUCCACCUGCUUCAGAAUAACCUGUGCGAUUAUAAUGCAGGUACCCAGGCCCCACCAUAGUGCGGCUGAACAAAACUGCGCUGGCAUGCAGGAAUCUAUGUCUUAACAAGCACCCAGGUGAUUCUUUCAGCCAAGAUUUACAGAAUACUUAUAUAUGCCAGAUGCUAUCCUAAAUGUUUACAGGGGUUAUCACAAUUACUUCAGUAACCUGUGAGAUAGGGUGAGGGAGACUUUUGCCCAAAGUUGAAUGGCUAAUGAGUGGUAGAGCUAGCGUUCUAACCCCCGGCUGAGAACAUAGCUCUUUUGGGGAGCCAUAGGUAGUUCAUUUUGGCUGGUUUCAUAGUGGAAGUAAAGAGAUUAAGAUUGGGAGAAAUCUAUGGGCCAUGUUAAAAAGCUUAGAAUUUAGCUUUGGGGGUUUUUUCAGUAAUGCUUUUUCAGUAAUGCUUGGGCACUGAGAAUAAAAACAAUGAAAGCAGAUAAUGGCUAAUUAGGUUUUUAGGGUAACAAACUGCCAUUUUAAGCUCCACAAUUUGUCCUAAUCUGACUUUAUUUCUCCCCACCGUUCCUCUGCCAUAAAUCAUCCCCUACUAGAUGGAGCUCCUGGGUGUCAGAGACCAUGCCUUACCUGUGUGUUCCAGUGUCUAACUGGAAUGGUUUUGUUUAGUUGUGUGUUAUAUACAUUUGUUUCACAUUUUCCUCACUAGAACUUAAGCUUCAUGAGGGUGGGGCCCUUGUGUGUUGUGUUCUUGGAGCCCUAGAACCUACCGCACAGUAGGCAGUCAUUAAACAUUUGUUGAAUGAUGAAACUUUCCACACCCACAGAGUGGUCUUCCAUCCCAUUCGGAGUCACAGUCUCCUCAUAGUCUGGCUCCACGUGGCCUGGCCCUCUGCCCCUUCUUGGAUGUCAUCUACCACUCACUCGGCUUUGGCCACACUUGCAUGCCUUCGUUCGCCCAUCCUUCUGUUCCAGAUACCUGCACGACUCAUUGCCUUACCUCCUCCUGCUCAAGUGGCACCUCAUCAGAGGUCUCCUGAAAGGCUGAGCAUGGACCCGGUUGCCACUCACAGCUGCCAUCUCCUUCAGCAACUGCAUGAGCAGCGGAUCCAAGGCCUGCUUUGUGACUGCAUGUUGGUGGUGAAAGGAGUCUGUUUUAAAGCACAUAAGAAUGUCCUAGCAGCCUUCAGUCAGUAUUUUAGGAGCCUCUUUCAGAAUUCUUCAGGCCAGAAGAAUGAUGUUUUUCACUUGGAUAUUAAAAAUGUAAGCGGUAUCGGGCAGAUACUGGACUUCAUGUACACCUCUCAUCUAGAGCUUACCCAGGACAAUAUACAAGUUAUGCUGGAUAUAGCACAUUGUUUACAAGUUCAAAAUGUUCUGAAUCUGUGUCACACAUUUUUAAAAUCCACAACUGUAGAACAGCCACCUGGCAUGCCUUGUAAUAGUUCAUUCUCCCUGCAAACUGCUUUGACUCCUGAUGCUAAUUGUGUUAUAAAUGAAAAUUACCCUCCUCCCUUACUGCAACAGUGUUCAACAGAUGUACAGCAUAAUAAAGUUUUGGAUGAAUCUCAUUCUCAUGCUUCACCAUCAGUUAAUCUUCAUCAUCCCUCAGGUGAAAUACCAAAACAAGCCCCUGAUACUUUAGAUAACAGCUGCACAGAACUGCCUUUUAAACAGCCAAAUUACUAUUACAAACUCAGAAACUUUUACAGUAAGCAGUACUAUAAACAAGCUGCUUGUCCCAAUCAUGAGAAAGUAAUUGAGCAACCUUUUACUUUCAGUACAUCUACAGACCUUAAUGCAGUAGAAAACCAACCUUGUGCUGUCAGUCAUUCUGAAUGCAUCCUGGAAUCUUCUGAACAUUUGCCUUCCAAUUUCCUGGCCCAGCCUUUGAGUGAAUCUGCCCCAGACCCCGAAUCAGACAGCAAAUGCCAACAACCUACCAAACAGAUGAGGCUCAAAAAGGCCAUUCACCUUAAGAAACUAAAUUUCCUAAAGUCACAGAAAUUUGCAGAGCAAACAUCUGAACCCAAGUCAGAUGAUGGUUUAACAAAGAGGAUAGAGUCUAUUAGUGAAAACUCUAUAGAGAAAACUAGCAGCCAAAGCACCGAAGAAAAAGAAGGUGAAGAACUUGUCAAUCCAGAGAAUUUUAAUUGCAAUAGCGAAGCAGAGAGAUCCGAAGACACUGCCACCUUGGAAGAGCAGUCACAGACGCUUCAGUCCCAGAGACAGUACGCGUGUGACCUGUGUGGAAAGCCUUUUAAACACCCAAGCAAUUUGGAGCUUCACAAACGGUCUCAUACAGGUGAGAAACCUUUUGAAUGUAACAUUUGUGGGAAACAUUUCUCUCAGGCAGGCAACUUGCAGACUCACUUACGUCGGCACUCUGGUGAAAAGCCAUUCAUCUGUGAAAUCUGUGGAAAGAGGUUCGCAGCCUCUGGCGAUGUCCAGCGUCACAUCAUCAUCCACUCGGGGGAGAAACCACACUUGUGUGACGUCUGUGGUCGAGGGUUUAGUAACUUCAGUAAUUUGAAGGAGCACAAAAAAACACACACGGCUGACAAAGUCUUCACCUGCGACGAAUGUGGGAAGUCCUUCAACAUGCAGAGGAAGUUGGUCAAGCACAGGAUCCGGCACACAGGCGAGCGGCCCUACAGCUGUUCUGCCUGCGGAAAAUGUUUUGGGGGGUCAGGGGACCUCCGCCGGCACGUCCGCACUCACACUGGGGAAAAGCCGUACACGUGUGAGAUCUGUAACAAAUGCUUCACGCGCUCUGCUGUGCUCCGGCGGCACAGGAAGAUGCACUGCAAAGCAGACAGCGAGAGCCAGGACACGCUGGAAGAGUUCAGUCACGCCAUUGAGACCUCUGACCUUGAGAAAUCGCAGAGUUCAGAUUCUUUUUCCCAAGACAUGUCGGUGACUCUGAUGCCAGUGUCUGUUAAACUCUCCGGGCCCGUGGUGGAAAAUUCAGCGGCAGGAUUUGAGAGCCGCCCUGCAGGCACCUGUUGUAAGUUGCGGCCCCUGGGGCCCCCGCACGGAGCCAGUGACCAGGAGGAGGUGAGCUUGGAGCCUGUGAAACUGGCCAAGCUCCCAGUGCCAGCACCACACCCGGCCUACGCUUACGCGGGCGUGGAGCCCUCAGCCCCAGACGAGCCGCUGCCCGCUGAUGGCAUGGCCAUGAUCCGCUCGUCCCUGGCAGCUCUGGACAAUCACUGCAGCGAGCCCCCGGGCAGCCGUGCCCCUUCUACCGCUUACCGGAACUCAGAAGGGCAGUUUUUCUCCAGCAUGACUCUCUGGGGCCUAGCGAUGAAGACGCUGCAGAAUGAAAAUGAGUUGGAUCAGUGAUGGACUGACUGCAUCAGCACUUCUCAACAUCGAGUCGUUUUCUGUUUAACAGUCUGGUCUCAGGCUGCAGGACCACUUUCCACAUGACUGGGCCCUUCUAACCAGACAAGGAAUAUUUUGAUCAUUUCCCUCCUAAUGGCUAAAACUGUGAAGCGUCUUGUGCUCAGGAUUUGGGAAGAAAGGCUGGCCCUGCGCAAAGGGCUUGAUCAGAGAAGCCAAAGGCUUGAGGAACUCUCAUUAACCAGCAUGACAUCACACACUGUGUCAGCUGCUGGACAUUGUGGUAGUGCUAAAAGAAAAAAAAAAUAUAUAUAUAUAUAUAUAUAUAUAAUAUAUUAUUUUUGCAUUUUUUACAAAAGUGAGAUUUGUAGCUUUUUGUACUUUUAAGUAUUUGCACAAAGGUUUUAUUUGUAUAUGAAACUCAUAAUUUAAUUUGAAUAAAUGAAACUUGCCUUUCUUUAUAAUGCUGUAUGUUUUCUCCAGCAUUUUUAUUCAUCUAAAGGCCACGGUGAUGUAAAAUAGCAACAGGGUUUCAUUGUUCUCCCAUUUGUUGUCAGUUGAGCUUCGAAAGCAGUCUGCCACUUCCUUAGGUUGCGGGCAAGCUGCUCGCCCUUUCAGAAUCUUCUCUGGGUUUUCUGUAAGAUGAGAGAAACAGCCUUUGGCAUUUUACAAGGCCUACACAGCCCAGUCACACACUUCAUCUGGUCCGGGGUCUGGUGCCGACAGGGCUUCCUGAGUGUAUAUUUCCUUCCCUCACCUUCAGCUGACUGAGUGGACAGCUUCUGCAGGAGACAACCAGGUCUGCUCACAGG